CGACCACACACAUGCCAGCCAGUGCGACUUCAAGGACACGGCUGUUCACAGUAUAUUGCAGCAUGAUUCAUGUCAAGUUAGUCAAUUACUUUUUGCUCCGUGGAGCUCAGGGGAGUUUAAGUGACGUCUCUGUCCUGCCUGCAAUCUCCCUCUAUCCCCUCUCUCUCUCUCUCUCUCUCUCCCCUCUCUCACUCUCCUUCUCUCUCUCUCUUGUAUCACUUAAUCAAGACAUAGCUUGCCCUUUCCUGUUCAAUGCUGCCUCCCUCCCUUCCGUAUGCUCUGUUCUCCUAUUUGUUUGUCCUCGCUUUUUUCCCUUUGGCUCUUUCCUGUCCACCGUCCUGCCUCGUGGUCCUCAUCACCCUCGUUUAAACAAGCUUCACACGAGUCCACAGCUAGACAACAAGCCAGGGCAUGCAGAAGAGAGGUCAGUGAGGAGGAUGACAACAGAAGAAUAGACAACGUCUAAGGAGGGAUGAGAAAGAGACCGAAAUAAGAGGAGGAAGUGGAACUCCAAAGUGCCUACUGCGAGGAGUUGUCUGCUGCUGUUUACUGCUGGAUGAGAGCAGGACGGGGCUCAGUGUGUGCUUGGCCUUGAAUGGAGGCUAUAUUUUAUCCUGACAACCACAGAGUCAUCCAUCCCACGUUGCUAAGCUGCAGUCCCCACAUACCCUGAGCUGAGCCGCCACCUCGUCUCAUCACUGCAAGGACACCAUCCCUAUAAAGAUUCUGCUUUUCUUUUUGUUCUACAGAAAUCUUCUUUCUCAGGCCGUUCAAACAUAACUGCAGUGACUGCCCCAGCCCCGGCCAUGUUGACGUGAAUGUAAUGGUGACUUACGGUGGGCGUCAGUCGAUUCAGGUGAAGGCACAGACGCUGUGUCACAUGCCAGAGUGAUGUCCUAUGUGUAGCUUCUGUUUUUUCUUUUUUUUUCCCCUUUCGAAACAGAGCUGGCCUCUGCCCACAGUCUACCCACUCUAUCUCAAACUUCAGCUGCCACUUUUCCCAGGAAGAACAAAUAAACAUCCACUAAAAUACACCAUCUGAAAGGACUCGCUGCCUAUUUGCGCUGAAGAAAAUAUUUUUGCUUCUGUUUCUGAUUUGUUGGGGAUUUCUUUUUCUUGCAUCACUAUUAGUCACCCUUGCUCUCAUCAGACAGUUUUCCGUCCAUCUGCCCUCACCGGUGCUCAGUGUUUUUGAGCAACUUUGAUGGCUGUCAGCAUGACCAUGGGGCGGGACACCAAAUGGCUGACCCUGGAAGUGUGUCGUGAGUUUCAGAGAGGCACCUGCUCGAGGUCUGAUGCCGAGUGCAAGUUUGCUCACCCCUCCCGAAGCUGCCAUGUGGAGAAUGGCCGAGUCAUCGCCUGCUUUGACUCACUCAAGGGGCGCUGCUCCCGUGAAAACUGUAAAUACCUGCACCCACCGCCACACCUGAAAACCCAGCUGGAGAUUAACGGGAGGAACAACCUGAUCCAGCAGAAGGCCGCAGCAGCCAUGCUGGCUCAACAGAUGCAGUUCAUGAUGCCCGGAACACAGUUGCAGCCCAUAACAACAUUCUCAAUGACACCCUCCCUGGCAACAUGUCCCAGUAUGGCGUUCAGUCCAUAUCUGAGCCACAUGGGCCCAGGCAUGGGCUUGAUGUCUGAGCUGCUGCCCAGUACUCCCCUGCUGGUCCCUGGGAGUCCCACCGGCCUGGCAGCCAUGGGCAACGGUACCUCUGCACAAAAACAUAUGCGCACAGACAAGCUGGAGGUUUGUCGAGAAUUCCAGCGCGGUAACUGCACGCGGGGUGAGAGCGACUGCCGCUACGCUCACCCUCUAGAGGCCGGCAUGGUGGACUGUAGUGAGAACUCAGUCAUCGUCUGCAUGGACUACAUUAAAGGUCGCUGCAGCCGAGACAAGUGCAAGUACUUCCAUCCCCCGGCUCACCUGCAGGCCCGGAUCAAGGCUGCACAGCACCAAGCCAGUCACACAGCGUCCACCGGCUUGGCUCUGCCUCCAGGUGCCAUGCAGCCGCUACCAAAGAGGUCGAUCUUAGAGAAGAGCAACGGAGCCGCUGCCACCGUCUUCAACCCCAGCAUGUUCCACUACCAGCAAGCCCUGGCUAACAUGCAGCUCCAGCAGACAGCCUUCAUCCCCAGUGACCCCUCCGAGCUUCUGACUCCUGAUCCAGUGGAGCUCCAGUGCGUUCCCAUGGAAACCCAUUACUGUCCUGUCCCCAAACUGCUGGUGGCGGCUCCUGUGGCGCUUAACUCAGUAAGCCUUUCCCGAAACUCCAGUUAAAGUCCCUGUAACCUGCGCACCACCAGGGCGGUCAUCUUUUCUGAAUGGAGCGAACAUGUGCCUCGCCUACAGUGCACACUGACUGAGUGUGAAACUUCUUUUAAGAUAUUAUGAACGUAAGAAAGCUGCGAUGGUUCAUGCAAUAUAAGCCCAGACGUAUUACUGUUGCUUUAAAGCAGCCAUCUUGAUGCAUACUGACUUGAUCAGGCUGAGCAAUAUAGCUCCCACGUUCUUACAGCCAUACAUGCCCACACCUUAAAAGUGCAGCAGAUAUGUGCGCGCACACUCAGACACACACACACACACACACACACACACACACACACACACACACACACACACACACACACAUUUAAGACUACAUGUCCUUAAUAGGUUGGAGCCAUCACAUGAGGCGGCCGAACACUUUUGACUGUUCCAAAGUCAGAAACUCUGAAAAGCUAAUACUGGAAACUGAGACCACCCGUUGCUGGUCUGCAACCAGUAUGUGUUGUCAAAAUAGUGUUUCAUAUCAUGUCAUGUUUACGUUUAAAGAUGGCUACAAAUGUAACAUUUGUGUUGUACCAUGUAUACCAUUCAGUUUGUUCUCAUGGUCUCAUCUUGCCUGAUGAAACGCCAACAAGUUGUUCAUUUGUUUGUGCCUUUGAUUUAUCUGCUCAGCUGCAGAGGAGACUUAGUUUCCCCAAAUAAUUAAAAACACUUGACAGCAUACACUGAAAGAUGUUGUUAUCUGCAAUUAAAGGCAAUAUUUGUUGUUACAAAAAUACUGUCUAUCAACUUUUAGCUCCUAUUCUAAAACUAAAACAACAGUGAUCGCCACUUUACAUUUAUAUCGUUUCAUGAAUGUUAAGUAUGAUUUGAAACGUUUUUUUGUCUCCCGGUUUCACAGUCAAUAUCUGGUACUGGAUAAUAGCAUCAUAUGAGACAUUACUUUUUAUGUAAUGCAACAAUCUUAAGGAACUACACACUGAAAGAGUGACAUAACAUUAGCAUUCAAUCACUUCUAUACUAAAGGGGCCGAGUUGAGAGAUUUUUAAGAAUGCGCCUUUCUUGAUUUAAGAAACAAACUGCAUUAAAGCAGGUGAGGUCAUGUUAUUAAAACAGUUGAAUUUAAGUGAUGUAGUAUCUUUAGUCAUGGCUGUGAUGGGUAAUUGUCUAAUGACUGAAAAAGAAGGGUUGUUUGUCCUGUUUCCUUCAUGAUUUGAUAUCGAAACAUGGUGUAAAAGAAUGAUAAUCUCCAGGUGUAGUCAAGUUCACUUCUUGGCCUCCCCCACAAACCCAAAUUUCCUGUGUUCAACUCACCUGAAAUCACAGUAAAUAAUAAUUCAUCAUGCGAUGAGAAUCAGAUCUAAGAUUACAGACUUUUAUAAUUGGCACUUCUUCAACUUUUACACCUGAUGUUAGAGUUAUUGCACAAGAUGGGAGCUGGAUUUGUUUCCUGUUCCUGUGUUGUGUCUAAAGUCUGCAUGUGCCAAGUGGUAGAUGGUAUAUGCAAGUAGCUGCCCCAUUUAAUGCAAUACCUGAAAAAUUCCUCUAAAUGAAUGUCUCCCUCUCAAACUCAGAGAUGUAUUUUACGUAAAAUGGCAGUUUGUUUGUGUAAUUCUCUUCUUUCAUGCAGCUUUUGGAUUGAACACGUGGCACAAGAUUUUUAUGUUUUAUGGCUCUUCAGGGAGAAAGCGUAGAACUUGAAAAUGUCCUGUCUGACUUUAUAAUGUGUCGUCUUUUCUACUGAUGUGUCCUUUUUGUCAAAAGUAGUCAGACUCUGAAUAUUGCAGCCACACCAGUUUAUAGCCAGAACUGAUUUAUGGUAAAGUCAGGAGAUGGAGGAAUAAAUCACCCGUUUGAUGUCUGAUGGUAAGAAAUUACAAACCAGUUGGAUAUUCGGUUUUCAAAUGACUGUAAGGAAUUGCUUUAGGUGCGAAAAAUUGAACGUAACAGCCUGGAAACCGGGCUGAAAUAACUUUUAUCCAAAUUCAAAUGUGCCUCUUUUAAGUCUCCUCAACCCACCACUGUCAAUACACUGUAAGAACAGACCAGUGCUCAAAGAUAGAUAUGCUAUUUGGAGUGUUAGUAUAAGAGUAAAUCACAUCUGUACUAGUUUCUUCUCUGAGACAGCUGUGCUGUCUUAUCGUUAAUGUUCAGAAAUAGAUCAGUGAGUUGUGUGCAUACUUAAGUGUGUUGAAAAAGACAAUGGAUUGCAUACUUGUUUAGUUGUAAAUGCUGCAGAUAUUAUGGCAUUUGCCACUGAACAUUAUUCAUUUUAAAUAAUGUUAUUGUGUCGUGAAUGUAUCUAAUGCAAAAACUCUACACAUGCCCUUCUAAAAGACAGGCAUGUUGAAAUGUAAUGAUUCACUAUAUAUAGACUAUUUCUGAGGUCACAUAGGUACCAUGCUGAUACCGUGUUAAGACAUAUUAAAGUAUGUGUAUUGUUAUAUAGAUUUAUAUUUAAUGUCAAUGGAUGGUGUGACUACUUUUAGAAAUAUCUUUCACUCCCAGAAAAGGUAGAGCAGUAUUUUACAAAUGUACACCAUACAGGUACAUACCAGUACCAUUUAUUGCUUGUCAGUUGUUGUACCCCUCCCUUGGAAAGUACCCAAAAUGCACCUAUAAACAAUGGUAUAAUCAUGGGGCAAAAUUGAAGAAAAUUUAGCAUUUGUUUUUCCACUGGGGAGGCUGUACACAGAAGCAAUAGUGUAGACAGACCACCCAGUAGGAGUUAGUAGUGCUGCGACAAAGAUGUAAUCCCUCACCAGUUACCACCCAUUAACACAGCCAACUGUGUUCAAUGGGGGCAACAUGGAAGUAGAGCUCCCUGGAAUUGACCAUGGUUUGGGUGGUUGAAUGAAUGCCUUUUACCAUCUGGGAGCCCAAAUCAUUGUGCUACCUUAAGUUCACAUUGAAUUGGUAUCAAUGUGUCCCUUAAAGGAACAAUGCGCUUAUUUGUUUUAUUUCCGAGUUAGAUGAGAAGACCGAUUCUGCUCUCAUGUUUUUGCUAAAUAUGAACCUCGAAUCUGCAGAAACUUAGCUUAGAAUAAAGACUAUUCUAGAAUAGAAACGGCUAAAAUACACAUAACAGCAUCUCUAACUCACUCAUUACCACAUUGUAUCUUGUUUGUUUAAUCAGUACACUAACAGAAAUGUAAAAACAGGGCCCCUGGUUAGCUCACC